UUUAUGUUACCACAGCAACGCUUUACGCUUCGAAAUUCUGAAAAUUCUACAAUUGCUUGUGGCGUAUUUUUGGAGUUGCUUGAACCAAUGACUUUUGAGGAGAAAGAUAAAAGAAAUCGUAAAAAACAGAAGCGUUCAGUUAUGGAGAAACUUGGUUUUAAUCCAUACGAGGCAAGUUGGGAAAAGACUUGCAAGCCGGAUUAUUCAAAAUCGCCAAGUAACAAUCCUGCUGAAGAGCUUUUUAGAAGGGAAGCAACUGGACAUUGA